GGCAUGAAGUUUACAGAGAAGCCUGGGUCCGACUUCUUGGUGUUGGCAGCGACCGGGUUGUACGGUGCAAGAGGACGCAUCAAGGUCUCGACAAGAGAACUCUUUCUUGUGGUGGUGGAUUUACUGCAGAAGCUGGUCGAUCAGCGCUUAAUGGGGCCAUCAGCUCAGAUGUGCUUGAACGCAGAUCCCUCAAAAUUGCCACUACGAGAAUUGCCACAUGGAUCAUGGGCCAACCUGUUUCUGAUGUAUCUGGCCUUCUGCCGGAUGUCGAAAGAGGAGCCAGCAGGACGAACCUACUUCUAUGAGGCAGCUGUUGAGUGGAAAGGGUGCAUGAGGUUCCACAAGAAGAGCACCCACCAGCUUUGCAGCACUUGCUCCAAAUUGAAGGCGGCAAUUGAGAGUGCCAAGGACUUCCAGGAAAGCAUCAACCUCCAGGAUGAGCUGCUGGCUCAUUACACAUCCCAGUGGCGUGACAGAGAAAUUUACUGGCUUUGCCGGCAGAGAUCUCGAAGCGUGGGCGAUGUGUUAUGCUGCAUCAUUGACAGCUAUGACAAGGCGAAGAUCAUGCUCCCGGCCUAUCCUCAGAAAAGGACGCCAAAGAGCCAAGUCUAUGAAGUGAUCCGUCGCACCAGCUUGACUUUGACAACAUGCAUAUGCCACGGCUAUGGCGUCUACAUGUUCCUUGGAGAAGAAGGUAUGCCGUCAGGCGCAAAUUGGAUCCUUGAAAUCGCUGCUCGGUCUGAUUUAGUUCAAAGUAUUUUGGCUUUGCGCAGUUGA